CCUUCGACAUAUGUGAUAGGAUAAUCGCGGGUGAAAAGAUGUGCACAAGAAAAACUUUAUAAAUUGGUUUGCUCAGAGCCUCAGACCCAGACCUGGAAGAGCGGUGGUGGCGCCUCUUCAAGGAAUGCAGCGGCUGUGACCGUUUCAUCCCCUCCCCUUCUCUUGCAAGACCAGAGUCUUUAGUAUCAGCACUCCCAUUUUUUCAGUGUUCACAUUUUCUUACUGCAUUUCGUUUUGCUCGCGCCUUGAGACGAGAAAGCUGCGGUGCUUGGGAAAAUUAUGGAAACUAGCUCGGUUUCCAAAUUGCUGCUUGCUUUUUGCUUGGUUUUUUCCCUGGGUUCUGAGUUGAUUCACUCGAGUGUCACCUAUGACAGGAAGGCCCUCAUUAUCAAUGGGCAGAGAAGAAUCCUUUUCUCUGGCUCCAUACAUUAUCCCAGAAGUACCCCUGAUACGUGGGAAGAUCUGAUUCACAAGGCAAAAGAUGGAGGUUUAGAUGCGAUUGAAACCUAUGUCUUCUGGAAUGUUCACGAGCCCUCGCCUGGCAAUUAUAAUUUUGAAGGACGAUACGAUCUAGUGAGGUUCGUAAAGACAAUUCAAAAAGUAGGCCUAUAUGCUCAUCUUCGCAUUGGACCUUAUGUGUGUGCUGAAUGGAAUUUCGGAGGAUUUCCCGUUUGGCUGAAGUACGUUCCGGGAAUAAGCUUUAGAACAGACAAUGAACCUUUUAAGAGGGAAAUGCAAAAGUUCACUGCGAAGAUCGUGGAGAUGAUGAAGAGCGAAAAUCUCUUUGAAUCUCAGGGUGGCCCCAUCAUACUCUCUCAGAUUGAGAAUGAGUAUGGGGCACAGAGUAAGUUACUUGGAGCUGCUGGCCACAAUUAUGUGACUUGGGCUGCAAAAAUGGCUGUCCAAAUGGGAACUGGGGUCCCUUGGGUGAUGUGUAAGGAAGAUGAUGCACCAGAUCCAGUGAUUAACACUUGCAAUGGAUUUUACUGUGAUCAAUUUACUCCCAAUAGACCUUAUAAGCCUUCAAUCUGGACAGAGGCUUGGAGUGGCUGGUUCACAGAAUUUGGAGGUCCAAUUCACAAACGACCUGUCCAGGAUUUGGCAUUUGCAGUUGCUCGAUUCAUAACCAAGGGAGGGUCCUUUGUCAACUACUAUAUGUAUCAUGGAGGAACAAAUUUUGGACGUACAGCUGGAGGUCCUUUCAUCACUACCAGCUACGACUAUGAUGCUCCACUGGAUGAAUAUGGUUUGAUUCGACAACCAAAAUAUGGUCAUCUAAAGGAGCUUCACAGGGCAAUUAAGAUGUGUGAGCGUGCUUUAGUUUCAGUUGACCCAAUUGUUACUCAAAUAGGGAGCUUCCAACAGGCUCAUGUGUAUAGUACAGAAUCUGGAGAUUGUGCUGCUUUUCUUUCAAACUUUGAUGAAAAAUCAUCUGUUAGAGUGAUGUUCAAUAAUAUGCACUAUAACUUGCCUCCUUGGUCUGUCAGCAUCCUUCCAGAUUGUAGAAAUGUUGUCUUUAAUACAGCGAAGGUUGGAGUGCAAACAUCACAGAUGCAAAUGUUGCCAACAAAUACCCAGAUGUUCUCAUGGGAGAGGUUUGAUGAAGAUCUAUCCUCUCUGGACGAAAGUUCUACAUACACAGCACCUGGUCUCUUGGAGCAGAUAAAUGUAACACGAGAUGCAAGUGAUUAUCUUUGGUACAUAACCAGUGUUGAUAUAGGUUCAUCUGAAUCCUUUCUGCGUGGAGGAGAACUUCCCACUCUCAUUGUUCAGUCCACAGGCCAUGCUGUGCAUGUUUUCAUCAACGGUCAACUUUCUGGUUCUGCCUAUGGAACAAGGGAGGAUAGGAGGUUCACAUAUACCGGCAAGGUUAAUCUUCAAGCUGGGACAAACAGAAUAGCUCUGCUAAGUGUUGCUGUUGGACUUCCAAACAUUGGAGGACAUUUUGAGACAUGGAACACUGGAAUCCUAGGUCCAGUUGCUCUCCAUGGACUUGAUCAGGGAAAAUGGGACUUGUCCUGGCAGAAAUGGACUUAUCAGGUUGGUCUAAAAGGAGAGGCCAUGAAUCUCGCAUCUCCUGACGGCAUCUCUUCUGCUGAGUGGAUGCAGUCAGCUAUAGCGGUGCAAAAAAAUCAACCAUUGACAUGGCACAAGACUUAUUUUGAUGCUCCUGAAGGAGACGAACCAUUGGCACUUGAUAUGGAGGGCAUGGGUAAAGGUCAGAUAUGGAUUAACGGAGAGAGUAUUGGAAGAUACUGGACUGCUUUUGCUACUGGUAAUUGCAAUGACUGCAACUACGCAGGAUCAUUUAGACCUACAAAGUGCCAACUUGGCUGCGGCCAACCAACCCAGCGAUGGUACCACGUACCUCGAUCUUGGUUGAAGCCAACUCAAAAUCUGUUGGUUAUUUUUGAGGAGCUUGGGGGUGAUCCUUCUAGAAUUUCACUAGUCAAGAGAUCAGUGAGUAGUGUAUGUGCUGAUGUCUCCGAGUACCACCCAAAUAUCAAGAAUUGGCACAUUGAGAGCUAUGGGAAGUCAGAAGAGUUCCACCCACCGAAGGUUCACUUGCAUUGUAGUCCUGGCCAAACCAUAUCUGCUAUUAAAUUUGCAAGCUUUGGAACUCCUCUGGGGACUUGUGGGAAUUAUGAGCAAGGGACUUGCCAUGCUCCAGCAUCAUAUACCAUUCUGGAGAAGAAAUGUAGUGGAAAGCCGAGGUGCAUAGUUACUGUAUCAAAUAGUAACUUUGGGCGAGACCCGUGUCCGAAUAUCUUGAAGAGGUUAUCAGUGGAAGCUGUUUGUGCUCCAACUACCGCGUACUGGAGGAAUUGAUGGGCAAACGAAGUACCCUUUGCGUGUAGUGUGUAGUGACUUAACCGUAUACCAUCAACCAAAAAGAAGACGGAAUAACGAGUGCAGGUUAAAGGUAAUGGUAGUUGAAUUGGAUGAGUGCCAUAGUUUUUCAUAAAAGUAGAUUUCUUCUUAUGCCAAAGGCAUGUAAUUUGUAAUUUAAGUGGCUUAAGAGGCCGUUUAAAAUGAGUCAUAGGUGAAUCGGAAACCUGGGGUCUACAUUUUGGACCCUUCUUUGUGAAUUUAGAGUCCCAGUCCCCGACCUUUUUACUGGAUAUGGGCACUGGGAGAAGGCAUUUUCGUUGGUGUGUUGUGUUCCUUAUCUGGUUGAUUGCAUCACUGGGGCAAAUCAGACCCCAAAUUAUGUUCAA